GACUCGUUGACUUGUUGGGACUCUUUUUGUGGUCGACGCGGGGCUUGUUUGGCUGCCAUGGCCUUGGGUAGCGAGAGCACGGCGGAGGAAGAGGAGGCGACACCCACGCGAGGGAGCCUUUGCGUGCAUGCCUACGGGCGCCUGGAAGAGGUGGGUGUCCAGCCCACGCUGGCCGCUCUGCGUGAGGCGGCCCGGGAAGCCUUCGACCUCCCGGACACCGAGAUCCUGCUGAAAGGCCCCGAUGGCCAAUGCCUGGCGCCGGAGGGCGCCCCGGAGAUUUCCUCAGUGUAUCUGGAGCUCCAGGGCAACGGGCUCUUUGAUUUGGAGCAGCGCAUCGACCAGCUGCAGCAUCUACAGGUGAGCUACAUCUCCGACCGGCUGGGCACCUUGGCGGAGGAGCAGGUGGCCUGCCAGGCCUCCAUCGCAGGCCUCACGGACGCGCUGAUCGAGGAGCAGGCCUUCCGCCAGGAGUUCGAGGAUGCGGUGCGUGCGGAGAUCAAGCACGAGUGCGACGGGGUGGCGCUGCAGAGCAAGCGGAGGCUGGAGCAGCUGGAGCAGAGGCUGCGAGAGCAGGUGGACGAGGCGCUCCAGCGCCUCGAGGAGCGCUUGACCCGGGACCUCCAGGACCUGUGGCAGUGGACGAGCGAUGAGUGCCGCCAGCACCGGGACCGGCUGGAGGGUCUGGAGCCCCGCGUGCAUAGCUUUGGCGCUGCGGCGCGCGAGGCCUUGGAGUUCAGCCAGGGCUUGCAGAGCGCCUCCCAGGGGCCUGUGAAGGAGUGCCUGGACGCGCAGGCACGGCUCUCCGCGCGAGUCGACGACCUCUGCGACACCCUGGUGAAGGAGGUGCAAGAGCGGAUGGCGGAGAGCCGGCGGUUUCAGGAGGAGCUCUCGCACCGGGACGAGCGCACCGAGUCCUUGCGGGACUUUGGCCAGGAGCUGCAUGCGGCAAUGGCGCAUCUGCGUGCUUCGCCGGAGGCGGAGAAGCGGGACCGGGACCGAGACCCGCUGGAGCGCGCCGUGGGCGAGCUUUCUCGGCAAAUGGAUGAGUGGCGGGAAGAGCAAGGCCAUCUCCGGCGACAGUUGCAGGAGGAGAGCGACAUGAGGACGGAGGCCCAGUCCCGCCUCGCGCGGGGCAUGUCCCUGCUGGAGCAGGCCUUCCAGGAGCUGCAGGCAGAGGUCAAGGGCGCCGACGAUCCGGUGAAGUCGAGCGCGUCCGAGGAGAAGGCGGCGGCGUCGUCUCCUGGUCACCAGACCGACGGCGACCCGGAGAUUCUGGAGGUGGUUCGCCAGGUGAGAGAGGAGUGCUUCGAGGCGAUCCAGCGGGAGGUGCGCUCGCGCCUGCAGGACGCGGCGAAGCUGCGCCAGGCCCUGGAGAUGGAGAGCAAGUCCCGCAAGGAGGCCUUCGGCAUGAUCCAGCGCGCGGUGAGCCAAUGUGGCAGCUGAUGAGCUGAUGCGUUGCGCGCCGGCGUCUUGCGAAGGGUCAGUUUGGGGAGUGCUUUGGUUGAGGGUGCCCGUUUUUGUGGGAGG